UUCAUCUUUGUCAUUCUAGUUUCACUACCGAUUCUUCCAAAUUCCAUCAAUCCUCAUCCGCAGCGGUAAGAGAUAAUGAUUUCAAUCAGAUUUCAAUAAGAUAAUUUUGUUUUUUCAACACCCGAUCUAAUAGAUCGGAAUUAAGAGAUUCAGCAAUACCACCACAACUUUUCUGCCGCUCAAGUCAGCCCAUUACAAACACCAAUUAGAUCUGAUCCUGAAAUUCACAAGAACAACGAGAAAAACUUGAUUCUAGUGAACCUAAUUUCUGAGAUUUGGAGAAGGAGAUGAGAAAUUUUUGGGGAGAAAAUCGAGGGGUUUUCGAUUGUGUUGGGAAAGCUAAUCUCUUGCGAAUACAUGAUUAUGAUUAAAAACGAGAUAAGUAGAAAACGAGAGAAAGAAGAGAAAAAUAGAAUACUCGAAGAAGAAGAAAAAGAUCCGAGCACAAUUUUAUAAAUUCUGAGUUUGUGAGAAAUUUUCUUACAGAAAAUGGGUGCGCGCCUGAGUUUUUCUGGACAUGGAUUUUAUAGUGGAGAAAAUCUGAAAAAUGAGUCUCCCCGUGGUUUUUACAAGAAACAAACAAAGACAAUGGACUUCACAAGAAAGCCCAUCAAUUAAAUUUCAGGCCCACGAAAAUAGCUACCCUACGCCCUAAAAUAAGCUUCACACUCCCACUGUACCCUCUCUCUCCCACAGCCGAAACUAGAAGUUCCGGAAACACUUAAAACUCCAUUAAUGGCGACAUCAAAAAUCAAAACCCUAGAGGAUUUCAUCAGAGUUCAUGCUAUACUCUUAGCAGCAUCAGGCAUUCCUUCAUCUCUUUACCCUCAGCUCUAUCAAAAACUUUCGACUGAGAAUUUCGAUGGUGGAAAUUUCUUUCAGAUUGAAUCAUGUGAAGAAUUUGAUAAUAAACAAAGAAAACUUGUUUUCACAUCUGAUUACAUUGAGAAAGAGUCUCAAAUCUUUCUUAUUGAUCAUGCUUGGACUUUUCGCCUCUCUGAUGCUCGGAAACAACUGCUGGAGGUCCCGGGUUUAGCUCAAAGAAUGGCUUCAUUGAUGUGUGUAGAUCUUGAUGUAACCUCAGAUUUGGAGGAGGUAAACACCGAGUCUGAAAAUGGGCAUGGCAACAUUACUAGAAGAGAUGUGGAAGAAAUAAUAGAGAGGGAGAUUCGUGAAGCGCGAGAUAAAGGUUCUAAUGGUGUGAGGUGGUUAGAGCUUGAUGAGCUAGACAUAGACGACGCUACACUUUGCUCUCUGGAUUUAUCCAAUAAGUUUCCGAAUCUGGUUGCACUUAGCUUGUAUGGCAACAAGCUUCAGAAUCCAGAAAUAGUGGUACGUGAGAUUACUAAAUUCAAGCACUUAAGAGCUCUUUGGUUGAAUGAGAACCCAGUGCUGCAAAGGUAUGAUGGUCAAAUGGAGGAUACAAUUGUGCAAGAAGUUCACGGUUUGGAAAUAUACAAUUCACAUUUCACUAAUAAGUUUAGUCGGUGGGCAUUGGGGUUCUGUGGAGGAAUAUAUGGCAAGGAUAAUGCUGGCUGUUUUGAUGAGACAGCACGUCCAUUGGAGAGCUUGACCUCUCUUGAUUUAUCGAAUAGAUAUAUCCGGAAUCUGUUGAUUGAGACAUUUUCGCCUAUAGAACUCCCCUCUCUUUCACAUUUAAAUUUGCGCGGGAAUCCUUUGGACCAGAACUGUGUUACGGACUUGUUGAAGUUCUUGAAGCAAUAUACCACUUUACGAACUUUGGAGGUGGAUAUUCCUGGUCCUCUUGGGAGAAGUGCUAUUGAAAUUCUUGAAUGCCUUCCAAACCUUUUAGAGUUUAAUGGCGUCAGUGCAUCAAUAAUUUUAGAAACAGGAAAGCAUGUGAUUGAUUCAGCACUCCAGCCACGCCUGCCCGAAUGGACUAGAGAUGAUUCCCUGGUUGACCGUGUUGUCAAUGCAAUGUGGUUGUAUUUGAUGACAUAUAGACUUGCUGACGAGGAAAAAAUUGAUGAAACCUCUGUCUGGUACGUGAUGGACGAGCUAGGUUCAGCUUUGCGCCAUAGUGAUAAGCCUAACUUCAGGGUGUCUCCAUUUCUCUAUAUGCCAGAUGGGAAGUUGGCAUCAGCAAUAAGCUUUACCAUUUUAUGGCCGAUCCACAAUGUUCGCAAAGGAGAUGAGUGUACUCGUGAUUUCCUAUUUGGUAUUGGAGAAGAUAAGCAACGGUCUGCAAGGUAUACUGCUUGGUUUCAUACCCCGCGGAAUUUUUUUAUCCAGGAGUAUGAGAUGUACAAGAACCAACUUGCCUCAAGGAGUUCCGUUCCUGCCUCUCCCUGUGUGGAAACCUCUAGCCCUGCAAGUCUUACUCGAAAUGAUGGGGCUGCACUUCGUGUUUACACUGAUGUACCUCAUGUAGAUGAUUUUUUGACGCGGCCCGAAUUUGUACUUACAACUGAUCCAGCAGAUGCUGAUAUUAUCUGGACUUCUGUGCAAGUGGAUGACGAAACGAGAAAAGCUACUGGAAUUACAGACCGCCAAUACGUAAACCAGUUUCCUUUUGAAGCUUGUCUUGUCAUGAAACACUAUUUGGCAGAUACCGUACAGAAGGCGUUGGGAUCGCCCGAGUGGUUACAACCCACCUAUAAUUUAGAAACGCAUCUAGCCCAACUUAUUGGUGACUAUACAGUGCGCAAAAGAGAUGGGAAUGACAAUCUGUGGAUUUUGAAACCAUGGAAUAUGGCAAGAACUAUUGAUACAACUGUUACUAGCAAUAUAUCUGCUAUCAUAAGACUUAUGGAGACAGGUCCAAAGAUAUGUCAGAAGUAUAUAGAGCGUCCUUCCUUAUUCAAUGGAAGGAAGUUUGAUCUACGAUACAUAGUCUUGGUUCGUCAAAUCCGCCCUCUGGAAUUAUUCCUUUCAGAUGUUUUCUGGGUAAGACUGGCAAAUAACCAAUAUUCAGUGGACGAAAGAACUCUUUUUGAGUAUGAGACUCAUUUCACUGUUAUGAACUACAUUGGUAAACUGAACCACAUGAACACACCUGAUUUCGUGAAGGAGUUCGAGAAGGAACAUAAUGUCAACUGGUUGGAUAUCCAUCAGAACAUUAGAAAAAUGAUCAGAGCUGUAUUUGAAUCCGCUGCAGUGGUGCAUCCUGAAAUGCAUAGCCCAAUGUCCAGGGCUAUGUAUGGUGUGGAUGUAAUGCUCGACUCAUCUUUCAAACCUAAGUUAUUGGAGGUUACUUACUGUCCCGACUGCAAGAGGGCCUGUACGUACGAUACUGAAGCAAUUGUUGGAAACAAGGAGAUUAUCAGGGGUAAAGAUUUUUUCAAUUUUGUUUUCGGUUGUCUCUUUCUUGGGGAAACCACUCAUGUAACCCCAUUGUAACCUCAAUGUGAUCUUCAGAUGGUGAAAAUGACACUUUUAUUUUUUUCUCUUUUCUAGGGAAAACCACUCAUGUAAACCCAUUGUAUACUGUACACUGAUGCAUAUUUGCUUUGUUUUUUUUUUCCCCAAACUUAUUCUGAAAUGGAUACUCAAAAUGUCAA